GCACACCACGGAGAGGCCGGGCUCUGCGGUCCUACAUCCUGCCAGCCCAACGCACCACAUGGAGGAGACCGGAUAGAGGCGAACUAACGGGGGAAUGACAAAGAAAGAAGGUGGACCGUUUUCCUCUGGCUUAUACGAACCCGCACAGCAUCAGCAGCUCCUGACAAAGCAGAGACAAACACAGACAUGAGGGUGACGGGAAGGGUGACUGCUGUUGCUUAUUGCGGUCUGCGUCAAACCUCCCUCUCAAGAUAAUGCCCUCGGUGCCUGUUAAAGGACUUUUCUGGGAUUUUUGUUAGCUUACAUGCUGCAGGGGUCCAUGUCAGCAUCUCGGGGAAAACAUCCAGCUGGGCCAGUGAUGGUUAUCCAGUCUCAGCCACUCUCAGCAUCUGCAUUGUAAGGAGAAACUCGUCCUGUGGGAGUGGGAUUGUGGAGGAAUAUGCAGAGAUAGGAGGAAGAGUUUUGUUUUUGCUUCCACACCAGACAGAGCCAUAGUUGGUUAACUCGGGGUUGUUUGUUUGGCGUCAUGAGCUCCCUGUAUUUCUCCGACACGCCGCCCGGGUCGGUCUGCGGCGCCUCUGCCGGGUCGGGUGCGGUGACCAGCGCCCUGCGAAAUGACCUGGGCUCCAACAUCCAUGUGCUGAAGACCCUCAACCUGCGCUUCAGGUGCUUCCUCGCUAAAGUACAUGAAUUGGAGAGAAGAAACAAACUGCUGGAGAAUCAGCUGCAAAAAGCUCUGCAGCAACAGCAGCAACGCCACUUUUACGCCCGGGAAGUUGCUGUGCAGACGGACGGUCCCGAGUCGAGACUACCGGGCACCAUCUGGAGUUUCACCAGCGUCCGGAGGCAAGGGGAGCGCUUUGAGACCGUGCGCGGGCCCGGGGUGUCGUGGAACCAUCCCGACGGAGUUGGGGUCCAGAUAGACACCAUAACCCCAGAACUGAGGGCUUUAUAUAAUGUGUUGGCCAAAGUCAAACGAGAGAGGGACGAGUACAGAAGAAAAUGGGAGGAGGAGGUAUCCAAGCGAGAGCAGCUGGAGUCCAAGGUGGAAUCCCUUCAGCAGGGUGCCGAGGAGUCAUCUGAGGUCCGGGCCGAGCUAAGCGAGAAGGUGGACCGACUAAAGGCUGAGCUGGUGGUCUUUAAGAGUCUGAUGAGUGAUCAAAUGUCAGACCUGGACACACAGAUCCAGGAGAAGGCUCGGCGGGUGGAUAUGGACAUCUGCAGGCGGAUCGACAUCACGGCCAAACUGUGCGACGUGGCUCAGCAACGCAACUCAGAGGACAUGUCCAAGAUGUUCAACGUCAGCCCAGCCAGAUCGCUGCCUGAGAGAGGUGCUGUGGCGUGCUGCAGGAAGAAAGAACGCAAAGCAGUGUCCGACGAGGAGAGUUCAGAGAUGGAUGCCGAGCCCAGCUCCACAGAAGAGGAGGUCCCCGGAUCGCUCAACAUCACAGACGAAAUGAAACGCAUGCUCAACCAGCUGCGCGAGACUUUUGAAAUCGAUGACGACUGCGACAGUCUGACAUGGGAGGAGAACGAGGAGACUCUGUUGCUGUGGGAGGACUUCACCAACUACAACAUGCCGUACACAAUCGCUACCACAACCUGCACCAACACCAACACCAAUACCAAUACCGGGCCCAGUGACAGCAACGCUGAGGCCACUGAUCCAGACUCCCAGGAUGGAAGUCUUGGCAGCCUCAUCGAUGAGACGGAGUCACUAUUUAAGACCAGAGAACAGGAGUACCAGGAGACUAUCGGACAGAUUGAGAUGGAAUUGGCCACAGCAAAGAGCGACAUGAACCGACAUCUGCACGAGUACAUGGAGAUGUGCAGCAUGAAGAGGGGUUUGGACGUCCAGAUGGAGACGUGUCGACGGAUGAUAAAAGGUGGCAGGAACUCUCCCUCUUUCAGCUCUGUGGCCAGCAGCGACUCAGGGAACACAGACGAGAUCCAGGACGAGAUUUCGGACAAAGACGCAGAGGCUGAAGUCCCUGUUAGUUGAUGGCUGUGCAGCCUGGCUUUGUCCCCUCUCCUCCUGUAGUUACCACAGGGGUCUAACACACACAGAGCUCUUCCUUGCUAGAGAGUUAGAGCGACCUUAAUCCGGUCGUGUUUGACCUGUUAAGUUCUGAUGGUCAUGCUCUCUGUUGCAGACCCAGAACUGGUGCUUUUAUACGAUUUCUGUUGUUCAAAUUAAAGGUGAGGGGACGUUUUUGCUUCACUAAGAGAAAGGGUGCAAAUAGGGUCCGAGCUGUGCUCUCUUCCUCUCUGCUGCCUUGCUGGAUCCUCGUCCAGAGCUUCACAUUAUUUCAAGAGAGAAGAAAAAAAAUCUCAUGUUUUCGACUUGGCUGAGACGUAUUUUCUACAAAUUCUUACCCUAAUAAAGUCCUUUAUUUCUAAAGGAAUAAAAAAUAGUACAUAUUGUGCUCCACAUAAUAAUCAUAACAUAACACACUUAUUUCUUUACUUUGAAAUAAUUCAGCUAGACUGAGACAUGCCCGUGGCCCUCAGUUGGAACACUGUGUUGUUUGUGUUUGCAGUCCAAAUUAAAGUGCCGAGGCUUUAAGUGUCUCCUGCCAAUGAGACAAAACGAGGAGUGGAGACGGAUAGUGUUGGAGUUCUGGUGGUUUCUGAGGGAACUCUGCGGAGUUGCCAAAGUUGACGGAGGAAAGGAGCACAGCAUUUUGAUGCAUCAGUGCACUACUGAAGUUCUAUGCAAUUACGCUGGCCUUAUUUUUGGACUGGCUCUCACCCUUCCUCGUUUCUCUCAAAACAAAUAGCCUUCCAAGCAAAGCAGGUGUUUUCUAUGUAUCAUUUUGAAAACUGUUUGUUUGUGCGCUUUUAGUGUGAAAUAAAGUUGGGAUUGUGGGAUGUU